AGGGGGAAAAUGAUAAGGAAAACAUUGCGGUUGUUGAAACUAUUGUGGAGGAGACGGAGGCUGAGAGGAUAGCUCAGUCCAAGGAGCGGCAACCGUUAAAGCCCUCAGCGUUCCAACCGAAGAUAAUACCGUUGAACCCAGGAGCAACACCCUCGAAAAUCGGCAAGCCCCGCAAUCCUGGUGUUAUCCCCGCCACGACUCCUCUUACUAUGUUCAAGCCUCAUCGGGUUCGGCAGCUGGCGCAAGUGUUUACUGCGAGCGCGUGCGCGGCGGCAGCUCGGUCACCGAAAAAGAAGGCAGUCGAGAUAGUUGCGAAGCCACGUAUGAAGAAUCCUAUCGACCUUAGGGCGCUAGGACGGUUGGAUGGUGACAGUCCCAAUGGUGCUUAA